UUUAUGAGUUUUCCCAUACGGUGAGUACACUAGACACUCCACUGAGAAAGUGUAAUGGUUAUCUCUGCAUCUUUUUCUCUUCCUCACCAUUCUUCCCCUUUGUCGUAGACUGAAACAGAGAGAAUACUAAACACUGAUAGAGAGAGAGGCAAAGCCCCAAAAGCAAAGAAAAUCAGUGACUAGAGAGAUACUAAGAUAUCUUUUGCCGUUUUUGAUCCAAAACCAGACAUGGGUUCCAAGGUAUUUCUCCUCUCUCUGCUUGUUCUCUUCAUGAACCAAUCAUGGGUAGCUUCUGCAAACGCAGAGCUGAGAGCACUCAUGGACGUGAAAGCGUCUUUAGACCCUGAGGGAAGGUAUCUCUCUUCAUGGAGUAUCAACGGCGAGCCAUGUGAUGGUUCAUUUGAAGGAAUAGCUUGCAACGAGAAGGGCCAAGUGGCUAACAUCUCUCUGCAAGGAAAGGGUUUGUAUGGCAAGAUGUCUCCAGCCAUUGCAGGCCUCAAGCACUUGACUGGACUGUACUUGCAUUAUAACUCUUUGUAUGGAGAUAUACCGCAUGAAAUAGCGAACUUGACUGAGCUUAAUGAUUUGUACUUGAAUAUGAAUAACCUCUCCGGCGAUAUUCCUUCUGAGAUCGGUCAAAUGGGUAGCUUGCAAGUGUUGCAGCUUUGUUAUAACCAGUUGACCGGAAGCAUACCAACCCAGCUAAGUUCUUUGAAGAAGCUGAGUGUUCUUGCUCUACAAUCUAAUCAACUCACUGGUGCAAUCCCUGCAAGUUUAGGUGAUUUGAGUUUGUUAACGAGGCUAGAUUUGAGCUUCAAUCACUUCUUCGGUUCAAUCCCACAAAAAUUAGCUGAUGCUGCUCUUCUGGAAGUUUUUGACAUUCGAAACAAUACUCUUUCUGGCAAUGUGCCUCCUGCUUUGAGAAGACUGAAUGAAGGAUUCCUAUAUGAAAACAAUCUGGAACUAUGUGGAGUUGGGUUUUACUUGUUGAAAGCUUGCAGUGCUUCAAGUAGCAUCAAUCCUAGUAGACCUGAGCCCUUUGGAACUGGUUCAAAAAGGAACAUACCAGAGACAGCAGAUUUGAGGCUGCCUUGCAACCAAACUCAGUGCUCAAAGCCAUCCAGAUCUCAUCAAGCAUCUGUUAUUGUUGGAGCAAUUGUUGUAACCAUAGCAUUGUUAACUUUAGGAAUACUGACAUUCACACAAUAUCGACGACGAAAACAGAAGCUUGGGAAUGCAUUUGAUGCAGCUGAUGGUCGUCUUAGUACUGACCAGUCCAAGGGGGUUUACAGGAAGAAUGGCUCUCCUCUCAUUAGCCUUGAGUAUGCUAAUGGAUGGGAUCCUCUGGCUGACGGUAGGAAUCUCAAUGGAUUUGCUCAAGAAGUAUUCCAGAGCUUUAGGUUCAAUCUUGAAGAGAUUGAGACAGCUACUCAGUACUUCUCAGAGGUGAAUUUGUUGGGCAAAAGUAACUUUUCUGCGACAUAUAAAGGGGUUUUAAGAAAUGGGACUGUUGUGGCUAUAAAGAGCAUCAGUAAAACCAGCUGCAAGUCAGAUGAAUCUGAGUUUUUGAAGGGACUAGACAUUUUGACAUCAUUGACACAUGAGAAUAUUGUUAGGUUGAGAGGGUUUUGCUGUUCAAGGGGCCGUAGAGAAUGCUUUCUCAUAUAUGAUUUUGUUCCCAAUGGAAACUUGCUUCGCUAUCUUGAUCUAAAGGACGGUGAUAGCCAUGUACUGGACUGGUCUGCCAGAGCAUCCAUUGUCAAGGGCAUUGCCAAAGGUAUAGCAUAUUUGCACAAGUACAAAGUGAACAAACCAGCACUUGUUCACCAGAACAUUUCAGCUGAGAAGGUGCUUAUCAACGAGAGAUACAACCCGUAUCUCUCGGAUUCUGGCCUGCCUAACCUUCUUACCAAUGACAUUGUCUUCUCAGCCUUGAAGGCCAGUGCUGCAAUGGGUUACCUGGCUCCAGAGUACACCACAACUGGUCGAUUCACAGAGAAAAGCGAUGUUUAUGCAUUUGGGGUGCUCGUUUUGCAAGUCCUCUCAGGGAAGCGGAAAAUCACUAGUUUAGUCCAACUUGGAGCUGAGUCCUGCAAAUUCCAAGAUUUUAUUGACCCAAACCUCCAUGGAAAGUUCUUUGAAUAUGAAGCAACUAAACUUGCAAGAAUGGCCUUGCUUUGCACUCAUGAGUCUCCUGUAGAGAGACCAUCUAUGGAAGCAAUUGUUCAAGAAUUAAGCAACUUUAGUAGUUGUUUCUAGUGAUGAUGAUUGUGGCCCUAACUAAUCACUGAUGAUGGAACUUUAGUAGUCUUCUUGCCGAGGACUAAGCUUUGUUGUUAAUGUAUUUUAUGCAGGCUUGCCAUAUAACCAUCCUCUGGAACUCUGUUGUGAACAUUUGGAACCCUACAAACUUUGAAUGGAAAUCACUUGAAAGUUAAAAUGUCUAAA